UGUGCGAGAACCGGAAACAUCUGGAGUAGCAGUUCCCUGUUGUGUAGCAUGGAAGCCGCGAUGGAAACCGCGAUGGAAACCGCGAUGGAAACGCAAAGCGCGGCGGAGGACGCGGACGGCUUCACCAAGAUUUCUCGCACAACUGGCAAACGGGGCAAAAAGCGGCGGGCGGAAGAGCGGCAGCCGGAGGGCCACGACAGCGGUGUCCAGAUGGAUAUGGAGGGACCCCGGCCCCACAAGACGCCCGUUUUUCCUCCAUUGUCCGGGGAUGCACUCUCGGGUGGCAAAAAUGAAAUGAGGAAAAUUCCAGUGCCUGCCAACAGAUACACCCCAUUAAAAGAGAACUGGAUGAAAAUAUUUACACCUGUUGUAGAACACCUGGGACUUCAGAUACGAUUUAACUUAAAGUCAAGGAAUGUAGAAAUCAGGACUUGUAAAGAAACCAAGGAUGCAAGUGCUCUGACAAAAGCUGUUGAUUUUGUGAAAGCUUUUAUUCUUGGAUUUCAGGUGGAGGAUGCACUUGCUCUCAUUAGGUUAGAUGACCUCUUCCUGGAGUCUUUUGAAGUUACAGAUGUAAAGCCUUUGAAAGGAGACCACCUUUCAAGGGCAAUAGGAAGAAUUGCUGGGAAAGGAGGGAAAACUAAAUUUACCAUAGAAAAUGUGACACGGACACGGAUAGUUUUGGCUGAUUUGAAAGUUCAUAUCCUUGGCUCUUUCCAAAAUAUUAAAAUGGCAAGGACAGCUAUCUGCAACCUCAUCCUUGGAAGUCCUCCAUCCAAGGUCUAUGGUAACAUUCGAGCCGUGGCUAGCAGAGCAGCAGAUCGAUUUUAAUUUCAAAAUAAAGGAUUUACACUCUGAAGGUGCAGGGAGGACUGCAUGAAGAGGUAGCAACAGUAUCAAGCAGAGCAGUUAUUUGUUUUAAGCCAGAAUACCCUUUUCUGUUCUUAUUCAGAAAAAAAAAAAAGAAAAACCAUUUUUCUAAUUAUUCUAAUCAUAGACUUAAUUUUUUUAUAUUUAAAUAAUAUGAAAGCUGUUUAUCUUUUUUAGGCAUAAUGUACCUAUUUAUCUACUUGAUGCUAAAGUAGAUCCACAGUUGGGUGUGCAGGCACAGGGCCUGCAGAAAAGUUCUGAGUUCAAAUGUGGCCUUAACACAUUUAUUAGCUGUGUGACCUUGGGUGAGUCACUUAACCGGUCUGCUUGUUUCCUUAACUGGAAAACAGGGAUUAUAAUAGAACCUACCUACCUCACAGGGUUGUUGUGAGGAUCAAAUGAGAUGUUUGUAAAAUGAAUUUCCUGGAACAUAGUAUGUGCUGUUUUUAAUAAAUGCAUAUUACUUCUACUCCUCUCCUCUUUAAUUUUGAAGGAAAUUGACCUUGCUAGAGAAGAGUUCUGAUGAGAGUUCCUUACUUGGGUUGUAUAGGAAAGUUUCUGGACCUAAAUGAUACUUCCUUAAUGCCAAGAAAGAUAGCUUACAGGUGAUGAUGACUACUUGUUUAUUGACUGUUUCACUACCUUGUGCUGUGACCCAAAAGAAAUUAAUCAGAAUACCUGUCCUUUUUGUAAAAUGAAGAAAAAUCUAUCCACCAAAAUCGUUGAGGAAAAUGUUUUAGGCACUUUUCAGAUGUGUUUAUUACCAAUGCCAGAUAUUUUAAUUAAGCAAUAAAAAUUAAACACAUAAGAUUGCACCUCUUACUACAUCAGCUUUUUCAGGAUACACUGAGGCACUAAAAAGCUGUAUUGAAAUUCAAUUUCUAAAUAAACAUUGAAACAAACAUA